GUUGUCUGAGGUACGUGCAGGUUGUUAUGCGUAUAAUAUCUAGAAACGCCAUGAGUCUCUGUCUCACGCUGGGUGCUCUGAUCUUGCUGGCAUGUUGCAUGUCUACAGGAGCAGUGACGACAGACAUCUGUGAAGGUCAGCAGACCACCCUGAACUGUGGGAGUUCUGUAAUCAACGUGGUCAGUGCCAACUAUGGACGCACAGACAGUGUGACCUGCAUCUCUGGUCGUCCAGCCAAUCAGAUUAGUAAGACCGACUGCAUCAACCCCAAAACCUUCCUGUUGGUGGCUAGCAUAUGCAAUGGAAAGAAAAGCUGUUAUCUGGUUGCCUCCAACUCUGUGUUCUCUGAUCCCUGUUAUGGAACCUACAAAUACCUGGAUGUUACCUACACCUGCAUUCCCCCAACCACAGGUGACUCUGGGAAUGAGGAGACUGAGAAAGAGAUGGAGGCAGCUGUGACGGUGGUGACAGGGUCCAGUGCAGAGAUUGUGACAGGGAAGACAGUGAUCUGUGAAGGUCAGAUGACCACCCUCAACUGUGGCAGUUCUUUGAUCCACGUGGUCAGUGCUAACUAUGGACGCACAGACAGUGUGACCUGCAUCUCUGGUCGUCCAGCCAAUCAGAUUAGAAAGACCGACUGCAUCAACACGGCUAUAUCACUGUCAUUGGUGGUGAGCAUAUGCAAUGGAAAGAAAAGCUGUUCUCUGGUUGCCUCCAACUAUGUGUUCUCUGAUCCCUGUUAUGGAACCUACAAAUACCUGGAUGUUACCUACACCUGCAUUCCCCCAAGGAAGACAGUGAUCUGUGAAGGUCAGCGGACCACCCUCAACUGUGGCAGUUCUUUGAUCCACGUGGUCAGUGCUAACUAUGGACGCACAGACAGUGUGACCUGCAUCUCUGGUCGUCCAGCCAAUCAGAUUAGAAAGACCGACUGCAUCAACCCCAAAACCUUCCCGUUGGUGGCUAGCAUAUGUGAUAGAAAGAAAAGCUGUUCUCUGGUUGCCUCCAACUCUGUGUUCUCUGAUCCCUGUUAUGGAACCUACAAAUACCUGGAUGUUACCUACACCUGCAUUCCCCAAUGAAUAUUGUUGGGUGAGGACCAUCCCUGGAACAGACUGGACCUGGGGGUGAACCUGUUUCAAGGACGAAGACUAAUUCAACAUUGAAUAAAUUCCUCCAUUCACUUGUA